GAUCGCGCUUUCGUUCCGAAUCGACCAUAAACAUUACUUGUGAAAGUUGUGCGCGCGAUUAUUAGUUUUCAAAAUAUUUUAUUUUUGCUGUCAAAAUACCGUUCUUCAAAGUGUCGCAUUCGCGAAAAUAUGUGCGAUACACUGGUUAUGAAUGCGGUGGGUUGCAAUCGUAAACGAUUGCGGUCCAACGACGAGGGAGGUCAUUUGAUUCUUCAACGCAAGAAGUUCAUCAACCAGCAGCAGAUGGAUCAGCAGGAUGAGCGAAAGAUGAGACAAGUUCAAGAGAAAACUAUCAAUAUGCUGUUUCAGGGAGCAAAGACCUUCAACCGGCUUCCACCGGGAGUUUGCCAAAGCGAAUGUCUGGCGCAUGUGCGCCUCGUUGGUGGUGGUGAAAUUGAUUUCAAUAUGCGCAAUUGUCCCAGCUGGCUGGAGAAAAAGGCUGAUCGUAAGUGUCGCAUUUGUGACCGACUGUCGUUGGUGCAUGCCGAUUGCGUCAACUGUAACCUGGAGCUAUGCGAGCAUUGUGGCAUCAGUUGCAACUAUUGUCCGGAGAAGAUUUGUUUGAACUGCGUUAAUAUUUUUAAUUGUCAAAACUCAGAUGUUCCUUGUUGUGAGCGAUGCAAGAUUUUCAACUGAAUGAUUGCGUAUCUUAAGAUAAAAAAUUAUUUAUAAUGAACUCUAGUGUGUUUGCGUAUUAAGGACGGCUUGGUAUAAUAAUGUUUGCAAUAAUAUAUAUUAUUUUAACUUUGUAACUGAAGUUGUAUGUAGUUCUUUGUGAUUUGAAAACAGUUUGAGAAAUCAGCACAAAAAACAGAUAUCGGGCAAAAGUUCCACCCUUCUCAACACUAUAUUACUUGCAGCGUCGUAUACUAUCAAUUUAAUUCACUUGAAGUAAAUAAAACUAACACUGCGCACGCA